GUUUUGUUUCUUAAAAAGUUUUAAUUGGUAUUUAUGGUUACAAUUUGAUUAGUUCCCAGGACUCCCAUUAAAAAUGGAUUCUUUAAAAGAGGGCCUUUCAAAACAGACGCUGCUUUGAGGACUGGCAUCAGGAAGGUCUGUUAAAACGGGUAGCUUCACCAGACACUGUCAGAGAAAGUUCCAGGCCAGGUAUGCGAGCAAAAUGAGAGCAAAUGAAGUGAACAACACAACUGGACAAAUAGACCAUGCUCUUCAACAGCUGGACUACAACCAAACCUUCUCUGGAGAUUUUGUCAUUGUUGGGGGAGAACUGGGACUCAAUGACUUCUACACUGAGCUCUCUGUUCUCCUUCUGGUGGUCUACCUCGUAGUCAUCAUUGGAAACCUCACAGUUUUCUCCGUGGUGAUGCUGGAAACCAAACUGCAUACGCCCAUGUACUUUUUCCUCAGCAACCUGUCAAUCAUUGACAUCGUCAUCACAACCAGUGUUCUGCCCAAGAUGUUGAUGGUGUGCCUGUGGAAUGAUGUCGUCAUUUCGUUCUCUGGGUGUUUCUUGCAGCUCUACUUCUACUUGGCGUUUCAGUCUGUUGAGUGUUUUGUGCUGACCGCGAUGGCCUAUGACCGCUACGUGGCCAUUUGUAACCCUCUACGCUACAAUGAUAUCGUCACUCCCAGGACUUGUGUCAUACUUGCCAUCUCUGCUUGGAUUUGUGGAAUUCUGUUACCCCUUCCAAAUGUAGUCCCCGCCUCAAGAUUAUCUUACUGUUUCAACACAAUUAUGUUCUGGUUUUGUGAUUUCCCUCCUGUUAUUGCACUGUCCUGUGUGGACUCGACGUUUUUGCUGGUCCAGGCUCUAGGCAUUGCUUCCAUAGCGCUCGUUUUCCCAUUCUUUCUCAUUGUUUUUUCUUACUAUAGAAUUGUUGUGGCAAUCUGCAAAAUCAAAUCACUGGACGGCCGUAAGAAGGCCUUCUCCACCUGCUCUUCGCACCUCAUCAUCGUCAUUCUCUUCUUUUUCGCCCACCUGUGCGUCUAUAUCAGUGCCACGAUAAAGAAUGUCCAUCCGAAUGUUCUCAUCUUGAUCUCCAUCUUCAACUGCUUCCUGACUCCUUUUGCGAACCCCAUCAUUUACAGCUUCAGAAAUAAGGACUUGAAGACCGCUAUUCGAAAACACUUCCACCUCUGCGAGGUUCUUUCCUGACAUUCAAGCGUUCCUUUUUUAUGUUCCCUGUUCAAUUUUCCCCAUCGUUUCCAAGUUAUUUUGUUGACUUUUCCCUUAAUUGAUUUGGGCUGUGUCACACGGAUGCUAUGGUUUUCAAUAAUGCUUUACUGAGCGUUGGCGCACUAUGAAAAAUAUUUUCACUGACACCCUGUGCACAUCUGCCCCUAGACUCUUAGUUUUAACUGGCACCUUUUAGUUUUUAUUUUUAUUUUAUUUUAUUAAUAAUCAUUACACGUACAUUAUAUGUAUUAGUUCGUUCCUUAUUAAUUGAGCUGUCAAAUUGUGUCUUAUUGCUUGAAAUUUUAUGAUCAGAUUGAACAUGUAUUUCUUUGUCCAGUAUUUUAUUUUUUAUAUAAAAUGUUAAUAUUCAUGCAAAGAUAUUUGGCUUGUUGUAUACUUGCUUUCAGAUUACAGGUGGUAAUAUAAUGUCAUUACAGCUCGUUGUAAAAACAUUUUGACAGACGAAAAUGGCUCAGAGAAACAACAACAAUAGGCUGCUUUAAGGCUUAAACAACUUAUUCUUUAAGCAGAGUGUUUCCAUAAUUUGUGCCAGUAUUGUACCUAUCUUCAAGUUUGUGUUCAUUUUUACCACCAAGUGUUUCCACAAGUAGUAGUAGUAGUAGCAGCAGCAGCAGCAGUAGUAGCAGUAAUAAUAGUAGCAGUAGUAGUAAUAGUAGUAGUAGUAGUAGCCGUAGUAGUAGUAAUAGUAGCAGCAGCAGCAGUAGUAGUAGUAGCAGUAACAGCAGUAGUAGCAGUAGUAGCAGUAAUAAUAGUAGCAGUAGUAGUAAUAGUAGUAGUAGCCGUAGUAGUAGUAAUAGUAGCAGCAGCAGUAGUAGUAGUAGUAACAGCAGUAGUAGCAGUACUAGCAGUAUUAGUAGUAGUGAAGGGAAUAUGUAAUGCCAGAGAGUGCAUCCUCUUUGUGCCUGCUGUCUCAUAUUCAACUAUUUCCAAAAGUCUGGCCAAAGGCGAAAAUACAAAAGAGUGAGUGAUAGUCAACCCAGCUUUUCUGGGUCAGGUAUAAACUGUGGGUUGUAAAGAGAUGUGUGAAUUUAGCCUCUGUGUAACUUGGUUUGGCUCAUACCCUGCAAAGGACAACGAUAAGAUUUUGUUUGAAAGUCUGAAUGGGGGUAUUUCCUGGUUACUUUUUCUUUCCUUUAGCUUGCUCCAUUCCAGUGUGAUGCAAUAAAGAUAUCUGGCCUAUUUGCUGUCAUUAGUGUCGUAUGUUUGAUGCAUUCAACAGCAGACAUGGUGGCCACACCUUGUACCAUGGUGGCACUGCAGCAACAGCGGUGGCUGUUUCCAAGAAUGUUUCUGUCAA